AUGGACGCAAUCUUGCUGCGCAACCUCGUGGAGAUCCAAUCCCAACCCUCUACAAACGAGGCGUCCAGACCGCCGCCCAGGCCACUCACGGCCCCAGAAAAGGCCUACCAAAGAUCAUACUCUUACCAAGGCCAAGAGGAUCCCGCCAGCGCGAGAAGACCAUCACUUCCACGCGAUGAUAGUUAUGUUUCUGGCGGUGUAGUCACUCCCGGCACGGAAGAUGUAUUGCUAGACGCGGAUCUUGAGAGAAGCCGCCCGGCCAGUCCUGAACUGGGGGUUGAUGCCGUGGAAGUGGUGCCCAGUGUAUGGGAGCCGUACAUGAAUCGGUUCCGAUUGCUGGCUGUUUGCCUGUCGAACUUUGGGAAUGCGUUGAGUGACAGCGCCGCCGGUGCUUUGAUUCCAUAUAUGGAGAAGCACUAUGACAUUGGUUACGCCAUCGUCUCCCUCAUCUUCGUCGGCCAAGCCCUCGGCUUCGUCUUCGCCGCCUUCUGCCUCGACUCCCUCCGAGCCAAACUCGGCCGCGCCAAGCUCAUCGGCCUCGGCCAAAUGCUCAUGGCAUGCGCCUAUAUCCCCCUCGUCGCCGCCGCGCCCUUUGGCGUCGUCAUCGCGGCCUUCUUCUUCGUCGGCUUCGGCAUCGCCGUCAACGUCGCCAUGGGCAACAUCUUCUGCGGCAGCCUGCAGAACAGCACGCUCAUGCUGGGGCUGCUUCAUGGGAAUUAUGGCAUCGGGGGCACGUCGGGGCCCCUGAUUGCCACGGCGCUGGUGACGGUUGCGCAUACGGCGUGGAAUCAUUACUAUAUUCUGACGCUGGGCAUGUCGUUUUUGACCAUGGCGCUGUCGGUGUGGGCGUUUUGGGGGUUUGAGAAGCAGCAGAGUCCGGCGGCGAGAGAGAGAGAAGCGUUGCCUGACAACUCGGCUUUCUUGGGCAUGUUUGCUGCUGUGAAGCUACGAAUUGUUCUUCUCGGAUCGACCUUCAUCUUCACCUACCAGGGUGCCGAAGUGUCCAUCUCCGGUUGGGUGAUUUCCUUCCUGAUCAACUCUCGUGGUGGAGAUCCCUCGUCCGUGGGUUACGUCUCGGCCGGUUUCUGGGCUGGCAUCACGCUCGGUCGCUUCUUCCUCUCGGCCCCGGCCCAGCGAAUCGGCGAAAAGGUCUUUGUGUACGGUCUAGUCGUCGGAGCCAUCGCCUUCCAACUGCUGGUAUGGUUUGUGCCCAACGUUGUGGGAGAUGCCGUUGCCGUGUCCAUUGUCGGACUGCUUCUGGGGCCCAUCUAUCCCUGCGCCGCGGCGGUGUUCAUGAGAGGCUUGUCUCAUCGCGAUACACUGAGCGGGAUGGGGGCCAUUAGUGCUUUUGGCAGCUUGGGCGGUGCGGUAUGGCCGUUUGUGACGGGCUUGCUGGCUCAGGCUGUUGGCACUUGGGUGCUUCAUCCAAUUGUUAUUGCGUUGUUUGUUGUGAUGCUGCUGUGCUGGUAUGGCAUUCCGGCAGAUUCAAAGAAGAAGCGGUGA